AUGUUUUAUGAAGGAACUCUUCAGGAAGGCAUCUCGACAGCCGUCGGUCAGCAGAAACUUGUCCUAUGUUUCGUGACAGAUGAAAGCGACGAGAGCACACAAUGGGAAAAUGAGUUUCUGGUCGACGAUACGUUGAGCGACUUACUCAAGGAGCAUUCUAUUGCGCUCCGUCUCAAAGCUGGGUCCGAGGAAGCCGGAUAUCUAGCUCAGAUCUUCCCUCUACCACGGACUCCGACUGUUGUUAUCAUUAAGAAUGGAGAACUAAAGGAGUACAUUACACCGGGGACCAGCAAAGAGGAUUUCUUGCGGAGAGUUCAGACUGCUUUCAACUCCACUGCUGCACCUGCACCUCCAGCUCCAGCUCCAGCUCCAGCUACCACCCAACCAACCCCGGCACCAGAACAGGCCAGGCCACCACAGCCCCAGACAGAGAUACCCGCAGCUUCAGAACAGCAGAACACUCCACCGACAGCGGCUCCUUCAACAUCAGAGAAUGUUCGUCGGAUACUAGCUGAGAGGGCUGCCAGACUUCAAGCCCAAAGGGAGGAGAAUGAGCGCAAGGUGAAGGAGGAACGCGCAAGGACCAAAGAGAAAGCCAAAGCAGAGGCCGAAGCUGGUAUGGAUACGGACAACGCCCGAGCUCAUAAGCAAGCAGAGGCAGUAAGGAAGAAGAAACAGAAAGAUCAAGAGGAGAAGGCGCGGAUUCUCAAGCGCAUUGAAGACGACAAGGCAGAGCGACGCCUCCGUGCCGAGCAGCGUGAGAAGCAGAAACUUGAUAACCUCAAGGGUGGCGACGUUGCAGCAUCGUUAGUGAGCGCACCAGAGACAAAACUGUCGAACUCCUCCAAGUCUGGCGCGAUAACGGCUCUUCAAGUCCGCUUGUUCGAUGGAUCAACAUUGAGGAACCGCUUCAAGACGACUGCGCUCCUAAAAGAAGUCCGACAAUGGGUAGACGAAAAUAGAGGCGAUGGUUCGCAGCCAUACACUUUCAAGCAGGUCCUCACGCCUCUGCCGAAUAAGAACAUUGAUGAGACUGAGGAGGACAAGCCAUUAGGAGACCUCGGCCUUUUCCCGUCUUCGACCUUGGUGCUUAUUCCCGUCAAGAAGUUUACGACCGCCUACGAUGAUUCACAGGGCAUUGUUUCGAGAGUUAUUGAUUUCAUUCUCGGCAUUUUCACAUGGAUUUUCAGUCUGUUUGGGGGUGGUGAUGACCGCACUGGGCACCGAGGGCCUACGAGCGAUGCGCCCGCCAGUUCUCAAGACCGUGUUCAGUCAUUCCAGAAUCGCAGAGAUCAGCAAAGAGAUCAACAGUUGUACAAUGGAAAUUCGCUGAACUUUGAGCCACGGCCAGAAGAAGAGGAGAAAGAUGAAUGA